CCAUACAACAUGGUAAAGAACAAAUGAAGGCCCAAUUUUAGUAAAAACAUCAGGGAAAUCCAGGAAGAAAUUUUAAUCUCACUCACAAUUCCAUCAUCCUUGUUUGUUGUUGUCGCCACUUUCCUUUCCAUCAAAACCAGAUAACUUUGUUCAAGCACUCUUUUUGUUCUCGCCGGGAACCAGACAAAACUCCAUAUUUUACUUUCUCUACAAUUCCCUACACUUUUUCCCCAUCUAUCAAAAAGCCUUCAUCUUCCCCCCCCCCCAAUCUUUUACUUUCUUUGCGGGUUUUACUUUUAUAGUGUGUAUAACUAUUUUGUUUUUAACAUCUGGAGAAGAAAAAGGAAAUGAGGACGGGAAAGGGAAAGGGAAGUCAAGAGGAAGAAGAGUACGAGGAAGAUGAGUUUGGUUCCAAAAAAACAGGGCCUUCUGUUUACACUGUGUCUGUCAAUAACAACACCGACAUCAACAAUGAAGCAGAUGGGAAGAACAAUGAUAAGGCUAAAGCGAUGCGAUCAAAGCAUUCUGUCACCGAGCAGAGGAGGAGGAGUAAGAUAAAUGAGAGGUUUCAGAUUUUGAGAGAGCUUAUACUGAACACAGAUCAAAAGAGAGACACAGCUUCAUUCUUGCUAGAGGUCAUAGAGUAUGUCCAAUUUUUACAGGAGAAGGUUACAAAAUACGAGGGUUCAUACCAUGGAUGGAGUUCAGAGCCCACGAAAUUAACGCCAUGGAGAAACAGUCAUUGGCGCGUUCAGAGUUUUGUUGGUCAACCACAAGCUAUGAAAAAUGAUUCUGGCCCAGGAUCAACAUUUCCCAGGAAGUUAGAUGAGAAUAACAUCAAUAUGAGCCCACCAAUGAUCGCAAGUGCAAUGAAUCCUGCGGAAGCUGUUCAUAUCAGAGAUGCGACAUCCAAAGCUAUGGAUCAGCAACCCGAGUUGGAAAACAAGGGAAUGCCUCUGUUCAUUCAAGGUGAUAAUGUGUUUGGUCAUCCAAUUCAGAGAUCCAUGUGUGAGGCUCAAUCAACCAGGUGUCUUAUCAGCAACGAUACAUCAAACCAACAGGACAAUCUGACUAUUGAAGGAGGAACUAUUAAUAUCUCCAGCGUCUACUCUCAGGGGUUAUUGACUUCUCUCAUGCAAGCACUGCAGUGCACGGGUUUGGAUCUGUCACAGGCCAACAUCUCAGUGCAGAUAGAUCUUGGAAAGCGUUCGAAUAGAGGGCUAACAACUGGCACAUCUGUGGAGGAACCACAGAAUUCACCUGUUCUGGGAACGACCCAUCUUAGAGACAUGAGCAGUGGAGAUGAUUUUAAUCCAGUUCGAAAGCUGUUGAAGAAAUAAGACCGGCAACAACUUUUCAACUUCAGUUGUACACUUUUGUCUGUUAAUUCUGUUUCAUCUCGGUUUCAUUAUUGUAAAUACUUCGGCUUUGUGUAUUUUGAGUUCAGGUAAGACAAAUCAUGGAUGUAAAUAUGUAUAUCGCAAAUCAUCUUGAUGC